CCUGUUGACCUUUUCCCCCGGCCUCGCUUCCGCUUCCGGGUUACGGGACAGAUGGUGCCUUUUGAGCCCGUGCGACUGUGAAGGAGGCGAAGAGCAACCAUGUCAUCUGUAGAAGAAAACUUCCCUCGAGGCGGCACACAGAAGAAAGGACAAGAAGGAAAGGCAUCCAGACAACACACAGUAGACCAGGACAAUUUAUUUCAAACACAGAAUGAAGAGGUAACUCAGAAAAGAAAGAAAAAACAUCAGGACCAAGUGAAACCCAAAAAGCUCAAGUCUGAGGAGACAGUUGUUGUAAAAACCAGCCCAAAGGAUUUUGAGCUUUUGACAGCUGAGUCUCUCACUGAAGGAAUGCUGCUCUUAGGAUGUGUGAAAGAAUCUCAUCAGUUGGAGCUGGUGAUUGGUUUGCCAAAUGGGCUCACUGGGUUUGUUCAAGUGACACGAAUAUGUGAUUCCUACAACGAAAUUCUGAAUAAUCAGGUGGCUACUGAUGAGCUCUUGGAGGAUCUGAAUUCUCUCUCAGACCUAUUCUCUCCAGGAAUGCUGGUCAGAUGUGCUGUUGUUAGUCUGGAGAAAACAAAUACAGGACGUCGGAGUAUCCAGCUCACAGUUAACCCCAAGGAUGUUAACAAGGCUUUGAAUGCUGCAGCUCUGAAACCUGGCAUGCUGCUUUCUGGAUGUAUCUCAAGUGUGGAAGAUCAUGGUUACAUUAUUGACAUAGGUGUCCCAGCAGCAAAAGCAUUUCUGCCACGUCAGAAGGCCCAAAGUUUCCUGCAGUCAAACAACAAAGGGGCUGAACUGAAGAUAGGGCAGUACCUGAACUGCCUUAUUGAAGAAGUGAAGAACAAUGGAAGGAUAAUCCGCAUAUCCAUCUGUCAGUCUGAGAUUGUUAUGGCCAUUGCCACAGAAAAACAAAAUUGGUCACUCAGCAACUUGCUGCCUGGACUUGUGGUAAAAGCCCAGGUUAAGGAGGUGACACCUUCUGGAAUUUCUUUACGUUUUCUCUCUUCCUUUACUGGAAUUGUUGAUUUCAUGCAUAUGGGUCCUCUGAAAGCAAUAAACUACUCACCAGGUCAGAUGGUAAAAGCCUGUAUUAUUUCCAACAAUCCUGCUUCCAAGGCAAUACGCCUUUCUUUACGCCCAGUCUUCCUUCAACCGGGCAUCCAGCUUGGCCAGCUGUGCAAUGAUCGAAUUGGGAUGGUAGUGACAAACGCAAAAGUGAAGACCUUUCUCCCCAAAACUGGUGCCAUCUUUGUGUUGGAUGAUGGUGGCCUAGGGUUUGCACAUCGAAAACAUCUUUCAGAUACUCUCACAUGUUUCAAGCCAGAGAUGUUUAAGCCUGGAAAUGAACACAAAUGUCGAAUUAUUGACUACAGCCUAAUAGAUGAUGUGGCAAUGGUAUCUCUCAAACAACGUCUUAUAGAUGCUCCAUUUCUGAGAUAUCAGGAUAUUUAUCCUGGACAAGUUCUGGAAGGCACAGUAUUAACUCUGAAGCCAUUUGGCAUGCAAGUAAAGGUGACUGAGUACAUCAAGGGCCUAGUCCCAUCCUUGCAUUUGGCAGAUGUGCCUCUGAAGCAGCCAGAAAAGAAAUACAGUGUGGGAGCUUCUGUCAAGUGUCGGGUUCUUGUCUCCAAUCCUGAAGCAAGGAAGAUUGUUCUGACAUUGAAAAAAACACUUGUCAAUUCCAAACUCCCUGUUCUGGCCAGUUAUGAAGAUGCAAAGCCAGGCCUGAUCACCCAUGGCUUUGUGGUGUGUGCUAGGGAAUUUGGCUGCAUUGUGAAAUUCUAUAAUGACCUAAAAGGCCUGGUUCCCAAGAAUGAGCUUGGCUUGCCACCUUUGACUCCUCCUCAAGAAGCCUUCUAUGAAGGUCAGGUGGUCAAAGUGAUUGUCUUAAAAUGUGAGCCUGAGCAGGAAAAAGUGCUCCUCUCAUUUAAUCUGACAGAUAAUCCUCUUGCUAAAGAUAGUAGAGGUGAAAAAGCUUCAAAGAAACGGGAAGUGAUAUAUGAAGCCGGACAGGUUGCUGAUGUGAAAAUUCUGAAGAAGAAAGAAGAUGGCCUAGAAGUUACAAUCUUACCAAACAGUAUUUCUGCCUACCUUCCCAUGAUGCAUCUCUCUGACUCUGUGUCUCAUAGCAAACUGUGGUGUCAUUGGCUCAAAGAAGAUGAUAUUCUGCAUAAUGUUGUGUGCCUCCAUGACAAGGGGCGUCAUAUUACUCUGAGUAGGAAGCCAGCAAUGGUUUUGGCUGUGCAGGAAGAACAUGCAGUGAAGAACUUCUCUGACAUUCAGCCAGGAUUGCUGUUGACUGGUUUUGUGAAAAACAUCAUGCCUUAUGGUGUGUUUGUGGAAUUUCCAUAUGGUUUGACAGGGCUGGCACCUAAGUCGGCAAUGAGUGAUAAGUUUGUGACAGACACCAAGGAUCAUUUUGUGAUAGGUCAGACUGUGAUUGCCAAAGUGACCAACAUUGAUGAAGAGAAGCAGCGCAUUCUGCUAUCCAUGAAAUUGUCUGACUGCUCCUCUGAGGAUUCUGUUUCACAGAGCUUCUCCUUGCUGCAACAGUACUUUAAGGAGCUGCAGGAAAUCAAAAGCAUCCUGAGCAAAAGAGAUGAUUCAAAUGUGGCCCAGAAACUUUGUGAAAUUAAACCUGGACAGAGGCUGCAGUUGGUGGUUCACGAAGUGCAAGCAGAUGGUUCAGCAAUUUUCAGUGGAAACUGUGUUGCUGGAUUGACUGUAAUGGCUGCUUACAACCAUCUUGGAGGUAAAAAUAUUGCUUUGGGUGAAAAAGCAAAAGUGGUGGUUCUAUAUAUUGAUUACCUAAAAGCAAAGAUCUGUGUAUCUCUUCGAGAGGAGCUGCUGUCCCCCAAACCCAAGAAGUUAACCCUAGACUCUCAAUAUGAAGCCAUUGUGCAGCAUGUGGCGACAGAGCAUGCAGUUGCUUCAUUAGUAGGAACAGGCCAACUGAUUGCUAUUCCUGUAGCUUCCCACUUCAAUGACACAUUCCGGUUUGAUUCUGAAAAACUGAAGAUGGGACAGUCAAUUCGAGUGGUUCUGAAAACUGUGGAAACAGGGGGUUAUGGGAUCUUGCUUGCUGUACAAGGAGCAGCGAAGAGAAGGGCUGUAAUCCGGUCACGGCAUGACUCAGAAGCACUAGAUGAGACUUUGGCCAUGGUGAAACACUCACUGCAUAUGGGUGAUGUGGUCAAAGGAACUGUGAAGUCUGUCAAGCCCACCCAUGUCCUAGUGGCAAUUGAUGAUCACCUGACUGGCUCCAUUCAUGCAUCCCAGAUUGUGGAUGAAGUUUCUGUAGGCACCUUCCCAACAUCCCUGCUAAAAGUUGGUCAGAAAGUGACUGCCCGGGUCAUUGGAGGCAGAGAAAUUAGAACUCACAGAUAUUUGCCUAUCACCCACCCCCACUUCACUCAUACGUGGCCAGAGCUCAGUAUCCGACCAAGUGAGCUGAAAGGGGAAAGCAAAACAGUCCUGGGCCCUGAAGAUGGUAAAUCAGAAGAGAUGUUGAAACACUUCAAGCCUGGGCAGACAGUGACAUGCUUUGUUAAGAAGUACAACACUGUAAAAAAAUGGCUGGAGGUGGAAGUAACACCUGAUAUCAGAGGGAGAGUUCAUCAACUCUUGCUUUCCCUGAAGCCUAAGAUCUUAAAAAAACCAGGGAAUUACUUCAAGAAUGGGCAGGCUUUGAUUGCAACCGUGACAGGUUGUGACACCACUGGGACCAAACUCUUUCUGUCAUUAUCAGGAGUUUCUUCUCUGGAAAAAGGAACCAUCACACUAGGCUGCAUAAAAAAAGUGAUUCCACAUGUAGGCCUGCAUGUUACGCUUCCCUUUGGAAGGACUGGCAAAGUUAGCUUUUUCCAUCUCAGUGACUCAUAUGCUGAACAGCCACUAGAAGAUUUCAUUAUUGGAAAUAUUGUCAGAUGUUAUGUCCUUUCAGAUGAAGAUAAUAUAAUAAAAGUAUCUCUCCGGCAAUCCAGGGUAAGUCCCAAGAGCUACUGUAAGAUAGAAGAUCCUGAAAUUGUAUCUCUUGAUAAUAUAAAAAAAGAUCAGCUCGUCAGAGGCUAUGUCAAAUCCAUCACACCAUCAGGCAUUUUGUUUAGAUUGUCUGACUCUGUUGUGGGUUGUAUUCCAUUGCGACGUAUCAGCCCCCUCGUGGUGUCAGAUCAUUCCUUAUGUGCAAAGUACAUAUAUCAAGGUCAAUUCCUCACUGCCAAGGUCUUCAGUAUAAAUAAAGAGGAGAACUUGGUGGAGCUCUCACUCCUUCCUGAAGACACUGGGAACCCAAGUAUCAUCCCAGAAUCGUGUUCUGGUGAAACAAAUACACACUUUAAGAAGACAAGAAAGCAAAAAAGAAGAAACUCUGAAAGCGAGGAGCAAUUAAAGCCAGCAAAGAAAAGAGCUCCUUGCACUGAAGAUGAUGAUAGUGGUGUGGAGGUCUACUGUCGGGAGGAGGAAGAGGAAGAAAAGUGUGAGAGGAAAUCUAAGCAGGGAAAAGAAAUUUCAAGGCUGAAGGUUUCAACAAGCUUUGUAUGGGAAGAGGGCUUGAAUGUGUUGGAUGCCACCAUGUUGAAAGCAAAGGAGCAGAGCUCUGACAGUGAGGAAGAUGACGAUACAGAGACCAAGACCAAGAAACAAACAAAGAAGAAAAAAGAGCUGGAAAGGCAGAAGGCAGAGAAGGAACUCUCCAAACUAGAAGCUGCUCUGAUGGAUCCCAACCGGCAGCCCCAGACAGCAGAUGAUUUUGAUCGCUUGGUCCUUAGCAAUCCUGACAGCUCCAUUCUCUGGUUGCAAUAUAUGGCUUUUCAUCUACAGGCUACAGAGAUAGAGAAAGCCAGAGCUGUGGCAGAAAGGGCACUGAAAACUAUCUCCUUUAGAGAAGAACAAGAAAAGCUCAAUGUAUGGGUUGCCCUGCUGAACUUGGAGAACAUGUAUGGCACAGAGGAAGCACUGAUGAAAGUCUUUGAAAGAGCCAUUCAGUACAAUGAACCUUUGAAAGUUUUCCAGCAGUUAGCAGACAUCUAUACUGGUUCUGAGAAAUAUAAGGAAGCUGAUGACUUGUACAAUACAAUACUGAAGCGCUUUAGACAGGAGAAAUGUGUGUGGGUGAAGUAUGCCACUUUCCUUCUGAAAAGAGGUUUGGUGGAAGCAGCCCACAGGCUCCUCCCUCGUGCACUAAAGUGUCUGCCACAAAAAGAACAUGUGGAUGUGAUUUCAAAGCUUGCACAGCUGGAAUUCCAGUUUGGUGAUCCAGAACAUGGCAAGGCCAUUUUUGAGAAUACCCUGACCACAUACCCUAAACGUACAGACAUCUGGUCAGUGUACAUAGACAUGAUGAUAAAACAUGGCAAUCAAAAGGAAGUACGGGAGAUUUUUGAACGAGUAAUACACCUGAGCCUAGCAGCAAAGAAGAUGAAGUUUUUCUUUAAGCGCUACUUGGAAUAUGAGAAGAAGUAUGGCACUGCAGAAACAGUCCAGGUUGUGAAGGCAGCAGCGCUGGAGUAUGUGGAAUCUAAGGGUGGUCUUGCUGAGCACUAAUUUCUAGAGCAGACAAACUUAAUUGCUUUCCCUGUAUUUUGAGAAAAGGACAUAUCACAAUUGUACAAAGGAGAGUUUUUCUUCUAGAACUACAUUUCUUUAUGAUCUCAACAGCAGAAUGGGUUAGCCAUGACCAAAUCAUGGCAUUUCAAGAACUGUACACCUUUUGUACCUUCCCCAAAUUUUUAAAUAGAAGGAUGUAUGUUUGGAGUUUUAUUUAAGUGCUGGUGUUGUUGUUUUUUUAAACAGUCACUAACUUGUGCUUUCCUGUGGAGAUGGUUUUUCUUAUUAAAUUCAUUGAAAUUUCUUCUACUAAAAAGUAUGGAAUAUAUCUGAUCUCUUCCUUGUAUUUUAGGAUGUAUAUUCUGUCAUAAGUUAAUAAUGUGGCUUGUCCUGUUUUAAUUUAUUCAUUCUCUCACACAUAUCUAUUCCUUCCUAAAUCUGAAUUAGAGAAAGCUUUUGACUAGGCCAAUAUGUAUGAGUUGCACUUAUUCACUGAUAAUUCAUGUUUUAUACAUAAAUGUGUAUGUAUGAAAUGAUA